UCUAAACAUUUCCUUAUCUUAUCCUCUCUUCCAUCUUUGAGGCUCUCCUAGAAACUUCUGAAGAUGGCUGGCAUAGCAUUCGGACGCUUUGAUGAUUCUUUCAGUUUGGGCUCCAUCAAGGCCUAUAUUGCUGAGUUCAUCUCAACAUUGAUCUUUGUUUUUGCUGGUGUUGGUUCAGCCAUAGCCUAUGCUAAGUUGACAUCAGAUGCAGCUCUUGAUCCUGCUGGUUUGGUAGCAGUUGCUGUUUGCCAUGGAUUUGCUCUCUUUGUUGCAGUUUCUGUUGGUGCCAACAUUUCUGGUGGCCAUGUUAACCCAGCUGUGACCUUCGGGUUGGCUAUUGGGGGCCAGAUCACUAUCCUCACUGGUAUCUUCUACUGGAUUGCACAGCUUCUUGGCUCCAUAGUGGCAUGCUUGCUCCUCAAGUUUGUCACAGGAGCUUUGACAAUUCCUAUCCAUGGUGUUGCUGCUGGAGUUGGAGUUGGUCAAGGUGUUGUUACUGAAAUUAUAAUCACAUUUGGGUUGGUGUACACUGUGUAUGCCACAGCAGCUGACCCCAAGAAAGGAUCAUUGGGAACAAUAGCACCAAUUGCCAUUGGUUUCAUUGUUGGUGCAAACAUCUUAGCUGCAGGACCAUUCUCUGGUGGAUCAAUGAACCCUGCACGCUCCUUUGGCCCUGCAGUUGUUAGUGGUGACUUCCAUGACAACUGGAUCUACUGGGUUGGACCUCUUAUCGGUGGUGGUUUGGCUGGUCUUAUCUAUGGCUAUGUCUUCAUGCCCUCUCAGCAUGCACCUUUGCCUAGUGAUUAUUGAUUUUAUUGAUAUUAUUGCCUAUAUGUACCAGUUAUUGUUUCUCUGUAAUAAAGGAGGAAAAGCAACUCUUGCUUUUCUUUCUUUUCUUCUCCCAUUUAUCUUUUUUUGUCUUGCUUUAGAUGUAAAGCGUUGGGGAGUCAUUGUUGUCCUGUAAGAAUUCAAGAGGUUGGUGA